AAACUGCAUACGCUGUAGUCUGUUUGAGAUCAAGUACAUGUAACAUGUUAUAAUGUUUAUUCAUUUCUUCAUAAUGACGCUAAAACUUUCUAGAAAAGCCUUUUCUCUCUAGUGUCAGAGAUAAGAGAUAUUGUAAAUUUUGUUUAACAAUGCUAUCAAAGAGGAUUUUAUUGCAGAGAUAUUUAUUUAAAACGACUGUUCCCAUUUUACAUACACUCCUGCGUUGUAUUUUGCAACAGUUGUUUACACAACAAAUUCAUUGAUACGGUAGACUUUAUAAGCGUUUUAUUGUGGAACAGUUAGCUUGAUUUUUAUACUGGGAGUGUAAAAAAGAAAAUGCAGGGAUCUACACAGGAGAAUGACGAAAACGAAAUAGCAAGAGUGAGGAGGCGAUAUAUGAUACUGUUCGUUGUCAAAUGCCUGCUGGGUAUUAUACUACUUAUACUUGGCGGUGUAGCCGUAAAAUAUACUAUGGGACAGAAGGACACCUUUGGUCCUCCGUAUUUUGUUGGAGCUUUUAUCGUUGGAUGCGCAAUGAUCCUAGCAAGCCUGAUGGACGUUUUUAUGUACCGAAAGUUCACCUCCAACGACUCGGCCAUACUGCAAAGUUUAUCACAAUAUGCUUGCAUUGAAGUUUUCCUUACUGUAAUUACAAUUAUUGGCGGAGUUAUCGGCACCUUCUUCGUGUCAAUAUUUGGUGUUCCGAAGUGUGACCCUUCAGAUUUCUUUAGCCGCUGUAAUUAUACAGCCAACCGGUAUACAAAUCAAUGCCUUGCAGUAGGCAUCCUAACAUCUCUUCUAGUUAGUGAAAUAAUAGCAAUUGGAAGCAUCGUGAUGCACUGUCGUAGUUGUAAAGGUCUCGCUCCGUACAAUAUGCUGAAAGCUAGGCAGCGAAGAUUUGCUGGAGGGGUUGGAAAUGUUGUCAUGACAACAGUUCCUGAACCAAGACCUUUAGCUGGUGGUUUUGGUGCUAAUCGUAACUAUGAUAGUUAUAGUGCAGACACACAGAUCAUAAUUGAUGGUAACGUUAUAGAUAAAAAUAGGAGCGGUUUUGCUGGAGCCAUCAUACACCCACUAGAGAAUACAACUGUUAUACAUCCUCCAGUGGGGUAUUUUCAGUACCCGAGUAUGACCAACCAAAAUACGCAGUAUAGUUAUGAACAUCAAGGCAGUACCUCAGGAGCAUCUGUACAUCAAUUACAAGAACAGAACAGAUUACUAAGGGAGCAGAUUGCGCUACAACAACAACUUCAUUUAAUGCAGCAAGAGCAACAGCAGCAGCCACAACAACAAAGUGCAUUGUCAACAUCACUCCCGCCGCCGCCUCCAAGUUAUGAAUCCUGCAUGCAAGAUCCAGGCCAGAUGAAGUUCCUUCAAGAGCAAAACGAAGAAUUACAAAAUAGAUACCAGAGUCAACAACAACAAUUAACGAAAGAGAUACCGUUUUCUAGUGACAGAAACACCACACCUUCAGCUCCGCCUAUGUGACACUUCCUGCAUAGAGCAGAAACAAGCAGAUAUGGUAGAUGCAUUGACUUGUAAAAGAGUCUCUAUUUUGGAUCCAUCUUAAAACCCGGAAAGGAACAAUGUAAAGUUGCAAAACAAGAAAGGCCGACAAAGAAGAUCAGUCGUGAUAAUGUCUAAAAUACACUACAGUGCAUGUCGAAAACAUUACAUCCCUAUGACUUAUAUAAAAUUUUAGUAUGUUGGUGUUUAUCGCACUAUUACAUCUAAUAGAUAGAAAAACUUUGAAUAAUUCAACGUUCUUUAGGAAUGAAGUUCCUUAACAAUACGAUUAAUACAGAUAAUGAUUAUGUGUUCAUUGUCAUACAAACUGUGGUCUAUCAAAAUGCAUUUCUUUUACUAUACUUAUACUCGCAUUUAAAUUGUUUAAUAUGUCUGACCGUACUUUUGUGUUCUGCGAUAUUUUUUGUAGGCAACUUGUUUGCUUGUUUGUUUUGUUGUCAUACCGACACAUAUCAGGUAAUAACAACUGAUCAUAAAAGUCGUA